UCCUGACUUUAAACGCUCGACCACGGCCAUGAAAGAAUGGGCACCGAUGACCUCGCAGAGAGGCUCAGGGCCCUCAGGACAAAGGCUGCUGCACCAAAGGUAGCCACGUCGGCCCUUGCUGAGCCAGCAAAACCCUCGACGGUCGGCCAGAGGGUGGCACGCGACAUCGAAGGAGAUGCUGUGGAGAAGCUCUUGGCCCAAUCAAGGGACGAGAUUGAUGUUGCUCGGGAACACGGAGAGCUCACAAGCGGACACAGCAGCCCUUUGAGUCGGGCAUCGUCGGCUCCUGCACCGCUUGACGUCGGCAUAGAGGGGAAGGCGCUUGCCAAUCUCGCUUCAGAAGCCGUCUCAGACGCUAAUGCUGUCCUCAAUGGCAAUCGCAAAGUCAUCGCUGCAGCCGCAAAGCAGCAAGCUGGCACUGACGGUGCUGCAAAGGACAGACGUCUCAUACCCGUAGCGAAGGAGUGGCCUCACCUGGUUCGGCCCAACUCAGGUCAGCUUGGCUUUGAUGCUGAUCAGGAUGAUGGAGCCAUGGCAUCAGAGCUCGCAGAGGCAAUGGGCGAGAUGGAAACGACCCCUUUUACUGAGUCAAGCAAUGUUGGCCCCUCCAAAAGAGCGGCAACAAGUAUCCCUCCCGCCGAGAAUAACAAAGAGGACGACGUCGAGCGUGAGGCUGCGGACCUUAUCGCACGCUUCACAGCUCUCCGCUCCAGUGCUUCGUGCAACGUCUCGACGAGCUCGGCAGCAUCGCUGUCGCAGGGCAUGCCAUCUGCUGCCACCAGUUCUGGUCUCGGCCGCAGUCUUGAUGACGGUCACGACGGCGACGACGACGAUCGUAUGACCGCCACAAUCUUUCCCUCUGCGCCCUCCGACGCUUUACCUUCACUUCCCGAGCCCUCGCACCCUACGCUAGGUCCAGAGCACAACGACAUCUCCGCCGACAUAGAUCUCUCACCCUUCCGCCGCCUUGUGGGCAAAGACCUGAACAUCCAACAGCGCCUCGCCAAUCUCGGUCGCAACGACGAGCCCAGUUUCCCCUCAACACCUGGCGGUGGCGGUGGCGAGGAGGAUGAGACGACCUUUUGCUCCCUCUGCGCCGAAGAUGCUUCGCUAACCUGCUCAUGUCCCGAUGACGAGUAUGAAGGAUGCGCAGGCGACGCAUACUGCUCGCAGUGCUGGGUUGAGGCGCAUGGUAGCAUGAGCAAGGAUGAGCUGAGGGACCAUCGCACAAAGGACGUGCCUGCUCGACGGCGGCAAAGAGGGGCCAAGGGAAUGGGAGGUAUCGGUGGUAGGAGGAGGGCAAUGGCGGCCUAGUCCGAUGAGAAGGCGUCUAUUGUCUAUACCUGUGUGCGGCUAUUGUACAUUGAAAUGCUCUUUGCCCUGCUCUAUACUCGUACAGAAGACUCGCACUCGCGCUUUCUCUUCCACCCCAACGUCCACCACACAUGCCCACUCUCAUCGCUCCUUCCCAGCCCCUUGCGCUUCGCCAUCUCAAUGCGA